AUGAAUGAAAACCAAAUUGUUGUUAGGCAUGAAUCAGAAGGUGGCAAGACUCCCACAACGGGUGACGAAUCACAAGAUGUUAGUACAAUUACAAAGACCAUUAAAGGUCGUGGUCCGUCAAAAGGUGUUAAAGUCGCUAAGCCUAUGUUCCUUGAGUAUAAUGUAUAUAAUGUCCCCGAUGGACAAUGGUCUCAUGAAUACGGGAAGCAAGUUGGGAGUUGUGCUACUAGAAUUAAUAUUAACGUCCCAUUAUAUCCAAAGGUAGAUGAGCAAACCAAGAAGGGGUUUUGGGAGGAGACUAAGCUUAUGUUCCACAUUACUGAUGAUUCUAAUCAUUCGAGGGAGAAAUAUUUUCAUUCUUGUGUGGCGAAACGAUUUAGUUGUUUCAAGAGCAAGUUGGUGCGCCGAUGGAUAACUAUGAAGGAGAAGAAGCCAAAAAGUCAAACAAACAAGAUGCCUUGGGAUGUCUACAACCAUAUCACAGAGGAUGAUUGGAAGACGUACUUUUGUUAAACAUUAUUUCCUGCCAGAGUCAUUGGUAAUGAUAAUAUUUCUUUAACUUGUCCUUAAAGAGUUUUUCAUGUAGCAAACUGACAUUGGUUCUAGGACAAAAAGUUAUCAGAAAAAAAAUUUAUUUCCAUCUUUUUAUGUUGUCUUUGACAGCUUCGUAGUGAAA